AUGUGGCCACGCCAUGUGGAUGACUGGCGCUGGAGCAAGGGAUACGAGGCCACCUACUGCUUUGAGGAGGUAGGCCUUCCGCCUCAGAUUCGCUUUGUCCAGAUGGCAGCCUCGAGCCCGCUGAGACGUCGUGCACGGCGAGGGUUGCAUGGCCUCGCCACCUUGGCCGUAGUCGCAGUUGUCCUGGGGCUCACGCAAGCACAGAGCUUCGUGCCAGCUCCAGGGACCUCCCGCGGAUCUUCGCAGACCACUGCCGGCAUCGCAGCCGCCUCUCUUGUGAUGCCAAGCGAAGCAUGGGCCAAAGGCGGCCAGUGGGGCCCUUUGGAAGGAAAAGCUUCAAGCCUCGUUCACCCGAUUAUCAUGGCCUCGUUGUUCUUUGUGACACUGUAUGCUGGCUUCCUCGGUUGGCAGUGGCGGCAAACUCGUGAGAUGGGUGUCGAGUUGAGUGGCUUGCGCAAGAAGCUCCCCAAGGAGGCACCGGAAGAAGACUCUCCAGCUGUCGCAGCCUUGAAGGAGCAGAUCAGCAAGUUGGACGCAGAGCGCAAGGAGAUGGUCCAGGCAGGCUACAAGGACAAGCACUACACCGUAAGCUCCAUUCUUCUUGGUGGCGGUGUCUUCUUCACGACCUACGGGGUCUUCAACACGUGGUUCCGUGCAGAGAAACUCUUCCCAGGACCCCACUUGUUCGCAGGUGCCGCAAUCGUUGUUCUCUGGGCGCUGGCGGCAGCUCUGGUGCCUUACAUGGAAAAAGGCAACGACGGUGCUCGCAAUGCCCACAUCGCACUCAAUGGCAUCAAUGUGCUGCUGUUUGCAUGGCAGCUGCCAACUGGCUUUGAAAUUGCACAGAAGGUGUGGGGACUUGCCAUCCCCUGGGUUUGA